AAUUAAAUAUUAUAAUUCCUAAUAUAGAACCACCUUUGAUUAUACCACAAGAAGGUCAAAAUAAUACUAUCGAAAUGAAAAUACCAUUGAUACAAGAAGAUGAAGAAUUUAAUGAUAAUUUAGCUGAAUGGUUAAAAAUACUUGAAGAAAUAGAAGAAGAGAAAUUGGAAUUUUUAGACAUAGAUAUUGAAGAUAUUGAACAUCUGGCUCAAAAUCAUAAUGCAAAAUGGAAUUUAGAUAUUAUAUUCAAAAAUGAUUUGCAUUGUCCUUUCUAA